AUGAGCUUUAGGGAUGCUCUUCAACUGUAUUUGGAUGCACCUGAAAAACAUUCAAAUGCGGUUCUUUUCCAAGAUGAAAAUGUAGUAAUUAUUAAAGAUUUAUAUCCAAAAGCAUCCAGACAUUAUCUUAUACUACCCAAAAAACAUACACAUGUACAUCCAAUGGAGGUAUUUGAAAAAUAUCCGGAAUUUUAUAACAUAAUAAAACCAUAUAUCCAAAUGGCCAUAGAUAUAUUAGUUGAUAGUCUUAUUGAAGAAGGGAUUAUUGAAGAUGAUAAGUUAAAAAAAUUGCAAUUUGCUAACCAAUACAUAAAAGCUGGAAUUCAUAUGGUACCAUCAUUAAGAAACUUACACAUUCAUGUGAUCACAAAGGAUUUUUAUUCUCCAAGAUUAAAAAAUAAAAAGCAUUAUAAUUCAUUUAAUACAAAUUUUUUUUGUGAAUUCAAAUCUUUAUCACCAAAGAAAAAUAUAGAGGAAUUGGAUGAUACCGAUUAUAGUACGGAUUCUGAUAUCGAAGUAAUUGAACAGAAAAAUCUACCCAAAAAAAUUAGUGUUGAAUCUAGCUUGUCCAACGAUUCAAAAAUAGACCCUCAUGACCUUUUGAACUCCCCUCUAAUUUGUCUGUAUUGUGGCAAGGCUUUUGCCAACAAAUUUGCAGCCUUAAAAUCUCAUUUAGCAAUUGAAUAUAAUAAACAUUUUCCUUAA